AUGUUGGCACUAUACUUUUCAGGAUGGAAUAGUGCACAGUCGGUAGACCAGACAGCGGCACCUCAGACGGUCCUUCAGGGACACCCUGUAUUUUUGGAAUGUACAUAUAAAGUUUCUGUGUCCCCGUAUGUCAUGUGGUAUGUCCAGUAUCCGGGUAAAGCUCCAGCAAUGCUGUUACAUUUUUCAAUACAGACUAAACACAAGGGAUUUUCAGCAAUACACGAUAAGGCCAAAACCUCUUUCCACAUGAACAAAGACCGAGCUGAACUGUCUGAUUCUGGCGUGUACUUCUGUGCUGUGACUGACACAGUGCACUAA